AUGCGUUCUUUGGAUUACUCUAAUUACUUUAGUGUCAUCCCAGGAUAUGUACGGGAGUUUAAGUUGGACAAAAUUGAUGUAGACAAGUUUUUGGAUAAAAUUUCCACGGGAAUGGCUUCUAAUAUGUCUAAGGAAGAUAUGGCAAAGUAUUGUAGUGAGAUGGCAGCAUCAAUGUUUACAGAACAUCCUCAGUACAUUCAACUUGCAGCGGUGAUUCUUACCUCAUAUCAUUCCUCAGUUACUAUAAAUUCCUUUUCAGAAAAAAUCAAGUUGAUUCAGAAGAGAAAAGAUAUUAUCAAUGACGAUAUAUUCCAAAUCAUUAUGGACAAUUCAGAAACGAUCGAUCAAAUGAUUGACUAUUCAAGAGAUUAUACAAUCAAUUAUUCUGAUAUGGCCGUUAUCAGUAAGCUAUCUGGUGGACUUGGUCUUCAUAUGCAUAAUGUCAGGUCAAGAGGUUCAAAAUUGAUUCAAUCUGGUGGAGCAUCCAAGGGUCUUGAGGAACAUAGGGCAAGAGAGAUAUUUCAAGCACUUUGGAUUAAUGAUUUGUUUAUGGAAAGGGUGGAAAAUGGAGAUGAGUGGAGUCUUUUCGAUCCUAAUACAGCACCAGGACUUGAUGAGAGCAGAAAGAUAGUUUCUGCUCAGAGUUUGUGGAAGGCAAUUAUAAGCUCCCAAAUUGAAACGGGUACACCUUACAUGGUGUAUAAGGAUAGUGCCAAUCGAAUAGACACCACAGUAUAUCCAUUGGAUAAUUGUCAGAAGAGUAAUCUUGAUCAUAGACCAGUUGGACUAGAUCAAUUCAAACUAUUGGGAUUGGACAGCACUAAGGGCAGAUAUUUUAAAGUAUGGUGUCAGAAAUUCCUUACUUCUGUGCUGUAUGCCCACUGCAUCUACAUCACAAAUUUGUGGGAACUCUGA